UGCCGGAACGAGAAAGUGAAAAAUAAUUAGUGAUUUAAAGAUCCUUACGAGAUGUCGUCCCUUUCGAACGCCAGUGUUCUGGCAACCGCUGCCACCGUGGUUUCCGAUUCCCAGUUCGUUUUUAACACCAAUGACUACAUAGUGUUUGCUCUGAUGCUGAGCAUCUCGGCCGCGAUCGGAGUUUACUUUGGAUUCUUUGCCAAGGGGGAGGACACCACGGAGGAGUACUUGAUGGGCGGCAAGCGGAUGAAGACGAUACCCAUAGCCAUAUCCCUGGUGGCCAGUCAGUUGUCGGCCAUUUCCAUCAUGACCAUUCCGGCGGAAAUGUACGCAUUCGGGAUAAAUUGGUUUUUCAAUGUGGUUUGCAUGGUCGUGGUGGUGCCGUUGCUAAACUACGUUGUCAUUCCCGUGUUCUACAACAACAACAUCACAAACUGUUAUGAGUACCUGGAGAUGCGUUUUUGUCGGGAGGUGCGAGUGAUGCAGACCUUCAUCUUCAUAAUGACGAUGUUCUUUAUGCUGCCCAUCUUCAUUUUUCUGCCUUCUCUCGCUUUUUCCCAGGUGACGGGAUUUAACGUGCACAUCAUCAACACCGUCAUCUGCAGCAUCUGCAUCUUCUAUACCAUGUUUGGAGGCAUCAAAGCUGUGGUCUGGACCGAUGUGAUCCAAGCAGCCAUCAUGGUGGUUUCCGUCGUUCUGGUUGGCGUGAUGGGUGCCAACCGGAUUGGAGGUCUUUCCGAAGUUCUUCGCAUUGCCGGGGAGGGAGGCCGCCUGGAUAUAAACUACAACUUUGAUUUAACCACGCGUUCUACCAUCUGGAACAUUUUCACAUCUGCAACGAUCAUGUGGUCGGGAUAUGUGGGUCUGAACCAAAGCUGCGUCCAGAGAAUAGUGUCUCUGCCUUCUCUGGGUCACGCCAGGAGAUCUCUGGUGCUCUUCGGCUUCGGUUUUAUCCUGAUCAUGUUCUUCAACUGCUUCACGGGCAUUGUGAUCUACUCUCGCUUCCACGACUGCGAUCCCAUCCAAUCCGGCCAUGUUUCCAAAGUGGACAAGAUGGUUCCCUACUUCGUUCAGGACACCGUUGGUCACUUGUGGGGCAUGCCAGGAGUAUUUAUUUCGUGCGUGUUUAGUGCUGCCCUCAGCACCCUCUCCGCCAGCAUCAAUUCCUUGGGUGGAGUGGUCUACUUUGACUACAUCAAGCCCCACAUUCGGCACACGGAGCACCGUGCCAACGUGAUUAUGAAGCUGUUCGUUCUCUUCGCUGGAAUCUACUGCAUUUUUGGUGGAAUGGUGGUCGAGAACUUCAACUCCAUUCUGCAGGUUAUCUAUUCGAUCGGCGGAGUUAGCUUUGGCUCUACGUGCGGUGUUUUCAUGCUGGGAAUGCUGGUCCCGAAGUCCCAUGGCAGAGCUGCCCUAAGUGGAGUUUUGGCUAGCAUUGUAUGUAUGGCCACCAUUGUGAUUUUGAGCUGGGGACGCAACCACUAUGAUCCUCUGCCCACCAGCACUGAUGGUUGUGCAGCGCCUUCUCUGAACGAAACCACAACCAGCACCACCACAGUGUCUAGCCUGCUUUUGGGUUCCACAACAGAAGCCCCUUUAAAAGAUGAAGGCUUUAGCAUUCUAGACCUCUCCUUCAACUUGUACACGGUGAUGGGCUUCUUUAUCACCUGGCUGGUGGCUAUUCCUCUAAGUUACAUCCUGAAGCCCAGACCCGGUUACAAACUGGACCCGAAGCUCCUGUCUCCGGUUGUGCAUCCUUUCGUCCAUUACGAGCCGACACCAUUGGAGGAACUGAACUUAGAGAAGCCAGAAAAGGCCUGAGCAUAAGGAGGUGGCCCUUUACAUAAGAUAUGCUUUAUAAGCAUAAAGAUAUUAUAAGAACCUCACUCUUAGCAAUAUGUACUUGGAUGGUAUAGCUUUAUGUUUCUAAAAUCGUAUAAAAAAUGUUAAAUAUUACUGUCUAGUUAUGAAAGUGCUGAAUUAAAUGUUGCUCUAAUUUUGAUUAAUUAA